ACGGAAAUGAAAAUUGAAUGAUUGAUCCUUCCAUCAUAAUAUCUAGUUUCUUCAUUUUCCGUAAAUUACGAGGUUCGAUAUUGUUUCAGAAAUAAAGCUAAUAUUUAUUGCUAUAUAUUUAACAAACUAGUAUUAAAAUGUUUAUUUCUUCAAAAAGAUAAGAUCCUUUUUAUGUCUUUUCAUUUGAGCUGUUAUAUCGUGAGGUGACCAGCGAGGAUGGAGAACAAUUUGAGUCGCAGUGGAAGCCGGUCAAGCUCAGUAUGUGAACUAGAAAAGGAACUUAGUGAUAUGGAAAUAAUUAAAUCAAGAACCAAUCGACGUUCUAUAUUUGCUAGAACACUACCAGCACGAAAAGCAAAAAGGAUUAGAUUCUAUCGAAACGGUGACAAAUUUUAUUCCGGUGUUAUUAUUCCAGUACUGCCAGAGAGAUAUAGAUCAUUUGAUAGUCUUACUACUGAUUUAACGAGAGUAUUACUUGAUAAUGUGACACUGCCAAAUGGUGUUAGAACAAUAUAUUCACUUGAAGGUAGAAAAGUAAGUAAGCUGGAUGAUUUGGAAGAUGGACAGUCAUAUGUUUGCAGCGGGUUUGGAGAACCAUUCAAAAAGAUAGAUUAUGAAGCAAGUGCAGUAACACCUCAAUCGUUCAGAUUGAGCGGGCCAGAGUCAUUGAAUGAUACUUCAAGUCCCUCACCAGCUCGUGCUAACAAUAGACUGUCAAGAUAUUUACAGACAAAUGGCAACAGUACAACUGGCAAUGGUUCACCAAGAGUUAGUCCCGCAGGGGAUAAUGUGGUGCGACCUCGCAUUGUUACUAUUAUCAGAAAUGGUGUUAAGCCGCGAAAGGUAUGCAGAUUGCUAUUGAAUAAACGCAAUAGUCCAACUCUUGAGCAUGCCUUGGCGGCAAUCACUGAGUGUAUAAAACUUGACACUGGCUGUGUACGUAAAGUGUUCACACAGUCCGGAUGUCAAGUCACUGCCCUACACCAGUUCUUUGAUGCAGAUGAUGUUUUCUUUGCCUAUGGAAAUGAAAGAGUGAACCAAGAAGACUUUGAAUUAGAAUUUGAAGAAAGCAAGGCUGUUUUACAAUGUAGAAAAACACCUAUUUCGAGAAAUUCAAGGACGGGUCCAAAGCCUCGAAUGCCAGUCAAGGCAGCUGGAGCUGCUCUUAAGGUGAACGAGUCGAGUGGUGCCGCGGGCGACAACGAGCAGUCGCCUCUUGCGAAUCUCCUGCCACAGCCAUUGAGACUCAAGUACAAUGUGGGCAAAAUUAUAGGUGAUGGCAAUUUUGCUGUAGUUCGAAUAUGCAAGGACAGAACGUCAGGAAAAGACUACGCUCUCAAAAUUAUUGACAAAGCUAAAUGUAAAGGAAAAGAACAUUAUGUUGAAGCAGAGGUGCGAGUUAUGAGAAAGCUGUGCCACCCUCGCAUCGUGUCACUAAUAGAAGAGCAAGACAGUCCAGAAUGGCUUUUCCUCGUCAUGGAAUUGGUGAGCGGUGGCGAUCUGUUCGAUAGUAUCACCCAAGCUUCUAAGUUUUCGGAGCCACAGUCUCGCCUGCUUAUCAGCCACUUAACAUCUGCCAUCGCAUACCUGCAUUCACUUUCGAUUGUGCAUCGCGACAUAAAACCGGAAAAUCUCCUGGUGGAAGUAGGACCAGACGGCAGUAUACGUGGCCUUAAACUUGCCGACUUUGGGUUAGCCGUUGAAGUAUGGCGACCUCUACACGCAGUGUGCGGUACUCCUACCUAUGUAGCGCCAGAAAUUCUACUAGAAACUGGUUAUGGACUCAAGAUUGACGUGUGGGCGGCGGGAGUGAUCUUGUACAUCCUCCUGUGCGGGUUCCCGCCGUUCUCGUCCCCGGACGGCGACCAGGAGAAGUUGUUCGACGCGAUCCUGUCGGCGCGGCUAGAAUUUCCCGCGGAGCACUGGGAGCGUGUCUCCUCGGGCGCGAUCGAUCUCGUAGCUAACAUGCUGCGCCCGCAGCCCGACCUCAGGUUCGCCGCAGAGGACGUCCUCGAUCACGCCUGGAUGUCGGAUGACUACGAUGAAGUGAGAGACUUCCACACUUGGUAUGAUGAAGACUCAUCAUAGCCAAGUGCCGUCACCUCACUGGCUUUGCUUGACUAAUAGCUACCGUACGGCGUUGCCUCUGUAUGUAACAUAAAAAACAUCUGUUGUCGCGUUGCGUUUGUAUGGUAGAUCUGAACUGGUAAAUAAAGUGAACUGUUCAUUGCAGUUUGUCCACCAGGUACGGUGUUCAUGAUUUGAUCGGGCUUCAAAUUGUAUUUUAAGAUUUAUUGACGGCUUAGGAUCGUAGCUUAAUGCUGUGUCUUCUUACUUUAUGCCUUUAUUAUGACAAAAUAUUGACUGCACUGGUAAUAUGUCCUUUCUCAGUUUAGACAUUUUUUUAUUUUACCGGUUCAGCCCUUGUUACACAUAGCAAUGUGUUUUUGUUAUUUGAAUUCAUAUGUAUGUUUAUUCGACACUAAGGUGAACACUUGUGAUGCCUCUGGUGUUACAAAAGAGUAUUGGCUGCGGUGAUAACAUACCUUCGAAUGACCCAUAUGUUCGUAUGUCCUCCACUUUAAUACAAAAGACAAUUUACAGGAUAGAGAAAAUCUAGUUAUCUACUUUGAUUUAAUGAAAAAAUCUAUUUAAUUUAAAAAAAUAUAAUUUAUGUUACAUACUUAUAAUUUUUAUUAUGUUUUUAUAUUAAAUAAGUGUUAGGGGCGCAGUAGGUAGUACUGUUACUCUGUCAUCAGUGCCCCCUUGCGAUCUCCCCCGCCCCAUACCUGUUUUUGUUUUUUUUUUUUAAUUUAUAUGAACAUUUAUUCAACACUUCAUUAAGUUGGUGAUGCUCUUGUGAUUCCUCUAGUGACAAGAGAGUAUACUAUUAGGUGACUAUUAGGUGGUAUAAAUAUUAAUAACAAGAUGCAAUCAAAAAUAUCAAGAAUAAGUAUAACAUUGCAUUCAAAGCAAAUUAAAGGACAUAUUGCCAGUUCAUAGUCGAAAUUGUAUACCAAAGUUAUCCCAUAUUAUAAUAGAUAAAUUACAAAAAAAUAUACUGAAUCUGAUUAUGCUCCAAACAGAAUUGUGUUCAACGUUUAUAAAUCAAAUGACAGUAGGUAUCCCAUGAUUCAAAUGCUUGUUAUAACAGAAUAAUAAAAUAUUUAUUUUCUCACACAUAUAUUUAUAUAGAUUUUCCAUAGUUUGUAUUGAAGUGGCUGUAAACCAGUUUUGUAGUAUUACUUUUAGCUUUAUGUCUUUGAACGGUUUUGAUUCGGUUAGUUUAAUAUUUCAAGUGUUUAUGGCAAGGCUUGCAAUUGUUUCAUCAAUUUUGGAUUAUUAUUAAGAAUUCCUGUAAAAUUGAUGGAUCAAGCACAUAUUAUGAUGAGUAAAAUCAAACUAUAUCAAUGAUUUGAAAGACAAAGCUAAAAUGUCUAGUUGCUAUAAGCUAUAGAAAUUUUGGUGCAUAUCUUUCUAAACACUUGAGUUAGAUUUAAAUAUUAAUUUAUAUUUUGUUUAUUGUUAUAAAUAGUAAUAUAUUUCAUUAUAUAAUAGUUUCUACCUAUUAUUUACAGUAAACUAUUAAAUUAUUGCCAAUUUUAUAGUGUUACAAUAAUUUAUACAUCAUAGUAAUUACAUUCCUAGAAAAAUAAUCACUGAAUGAAAUUUUUAAAUGCAUUGAGAUAGACCUGUGUCAAACAUCAAUAAAGGCAAUUAACAACUAAUGAAAUAUUAUGAUCUCAAUGAUAUAAAAUUCUCGAAUAAUAAUUGUCACCCAUAAAUGCAUUUAAAAAUAAGACAUUCCUGAUAUGUAUUAGUUCAUUUCAUGUAUACCCAAUUAUUGAAAAUAAUAAUAUCAUAUACCCUGUAAAAUUUAUCUGACUUUUCAAAUGUAUAAUAUAUAUGUGACAAAAUUUUUCAUAAUGAGUUGGUGCAGUAUGAUUUAUUUGACCUGGUAAAUAGACCAUCUCAAUUUAUUGGCUUUUUGUAAUAUAUUAUUUAUUAAAAAAUUUAAUGUUUUAUUUAUUAACAUGUAUGAACAUAGAAAUGAAAAUACAAAGAGAAAUUUUACUUAUUUAUUGUAAUAAAUAUCCUGUUAGUAAGAAACCACUUGAACCGCUCAUCAUGACUUCUGGAUGUGUACGCUCUGGCAAAAUCUGAAAAUGGAAUUAACAUUGUAU